CUCAUGGAGAGGACAAUAAUCUGCUGUCUGGUCAUCAUCUUCUUUGGGACACUGGCCUCUAACUCUAACAGCUCCCCAACCCGUCGCCAGAGCAGGCUAGUCCAACUUCUACAAAUUGUUGAACAGCUGAAAACGUGUGUGAAUGACACGGAUACUGCACUUCUGCUGACCCCCGAAAAUGUUGAGAAACACUGCAGUCAGCUAUUUAAAUGUUUCCAGAAGGACCCCAUUACAACCCUCAAUAAUGAAGAAAGAAAAGGAGAUUUGAUUUUUUUAAUUAAACAACUCAGAAGGAAACUGCCUUGGAAGGAAGCCAAGAACACCAACUCAACAUGCCCUUCUUGUGAUUCCUUUGAGGAGAAACGCCCCCAAGAAUUCCUUGACAGCCUGAGAUCCCUUCUCCAAAAGAUGAUUUCUUCUGAUCAGCAUCAUCACCGUUGUCAUGGCCACUGCACCUAA